GUGUGAUUUUGCGAGAGGUCAAAUCGUUGGGUGUCUUGUUUCGUAUUUUUGUGGUGUUGGUGUUGGUGUUAGCGUUGGCGUUGGUGUCUGCUAUUGUAUUGGCUAAGAGGCUUUCAAACAGAAUCCAUAUUCCAUAGAGAACCAAACCCCGACCCGAUAAUUGUCAUACUCGCACCUGAGAUGGUAUUGGAUAAUCCCAAUCUCAAUUUUUCACAAUAUUAAUUAAAUACCUUCACUUUUUUUUCUCUUCAUUUUUGAUCUCAUCUCCAUCCAUAUGGAUCCAUUUGAUUUGAUUCGCGAAGGGUUUGGUUGAGGCUGACGGGGGCAUGUGCUGUUACUAUUUUUAAAGUCUGUUUAUGUUGUAGUUAUUUUGACCAUAUUCUAGUUAAUAAUGAACUUGUCCAAGAAAGUGUCCCAAACGGAUGCAAAGCUAUUAAGCCCAAGCAAGGCAACAACUCUGAAUCCAAAUGCAGCAGAAUUUAUUCCUUUUUCCCUCAGAUCAUUAUCUGGAACUACCAGCUCGGUAGAUACUACAGCAACGCUUACUGCUGCUGGAGCUCUUGGGAAAGCAGUUUUAGAUAGAUCAGAAUCAUCCAUUUCAAAUAAUUCCGAUGAUGAGGUGCACCAAUACUGGCGGUGUCGGCUCCCUGAUGAUAUUACCCCUGAUUUCAAGGUCAUGGGAGAAGAUGAGUCUCGAGGUCUUGAUGAUCUUUCUUUAGCAGGUUUAUCCAUACAUGAUGACAAUGAAGCCUCCAGGUUUCCUUCUUCUAAAGGAAGUAAAUUUAUAAUAAAUGGGCAGGAGGAAAAAUCUCAACAGCAUAUUAAUGGCAAUAGCUUUGCAGAUAAAUUAAGGUUUUCCAAUUCAAGCUACAGGGAGGACCCGUCUUCUGCAAGCUUUUUGAAUGCUAUGGCAAAGCCUUGGGAUAGGGCAAUUGGGAGUGCUGACCAGCAUAUUAGCUGUGUGCAAGAGGGGCUUACUUAUGAUGACAACUCUAGCCAUGGAUAUUUAAAUGAUGUUUUGGCUGAAAAUGCAAUUGUGGAUGAUACUGAUUUGAAUCCUUUGGAGUUUUUAGCUUCUUUGUUCCCUGGUUUUGCUGCUGAAAGCCUUGCAGAAGUUUACUUUGCCCACGGAUGUGAUUUACAUCUGACCACUGAGAUGCUGAGUCAGUUAGAGCUUCAAGUUGAUGGUAGUUUCAAUCAGAAUCUGAAUUCAAAGACUAUGUCAACUCCCAAUCUCAGUGCAAUGGACUUCCCUGCACUUACUUCACCGGAUGGCCAGACUGCUUCAGUAAAAUAUGUGGUAGAUAAUGUCCAACAAAGUAGCAAUCCUUACCGAUCAUCUGACAGUGAUGUGCUAUUUUUCAAAUCUAGCUCUCCAGUUCCAUCUAGAGAUGUCGUUGACUUUGCUUCAGCUGUUAGGAAGUUGGCUUCUCAGGAUUCUGGUGGUAUUUGGAAAUAUGAUAAAAAUGGCUCUGGUGAUGCUGCUAUUGGCUCAAGUAGGAGUUCAAAUGUUCUGGCUAGUGGCUACAAUGGUGGACAGGGGAGAGCACACUUUGGUGAUCGAUUACAGAACCGUGGUUCAGCUCGGGCAGCUCCUAUUUGGCUUGAAACCGGUGAUGCAGUUGCAAAUAUGUAUUCAGAGCUGCGGGAAGAGGCUCGUGAUCAUGCAUGCUUACGUAAUGCAUAUUUUGAGCAGGCACGGCAAGCCUAUCUUAUUGGCAACAAAGCCCUAGCAAAGGAACUAAGUGCUAAAGGUCAACUGCAUAAUAUGCAUAUGAAGGCAGCUCAUGGAAAAGCUCAAGAAUCCAUUUACCGACAGAGAAAUCCGGUUGCUCCAGAGAUGCAGGGCAAUGGAAGAGGACAUGAGAGGAUUAUAGACCUACAUGGGUUGCACGCAAGUGAAGCCAUUCAUGUGCUGAAACAUGAGUUGAGUGUGCUGAAAAAUACUGCCAUAGCUGCUGAGCAGCGUUUACAGGUUUAUAUUUGUGUGGGCACAGGUCAUCAUACCAGGGGUUCCCGCACUCCUGCGAGACUUCCAAUUGCUGUACAGCGUUUUCUUCUUGAAGAGGGCAUCGACUUCACGGAACCUCAGCCAGGCCUACUUCGUGUUGUGAUAUAUUGAGCCAAAAAUGUGUACAAGUUUUUUGACACAGUAUAAAGUCCGCGAACACAGGGACAAUUUAGUCAUUGUUGUAUCUGUAUAUGCCCUAAGAACAGCAAAAAGAAAAAAAGAGAAAAAAGCAGUUAGGGAAGAAGGAAAGAGAAGGGUUGUAGUAGAAUUGUAUCAUUAAUUAAGGUUUAGGGUCGAAAUCAGAUUUACAUUAGUAAGCAGGACUUUACAUCACCCCCAUAUUAUGGGAUCAUUUUCCUUCUGUUAAUUUUGUACCCUAAUUUUUAUUUCAUUGUUAAAUUCUAUCCAUUUUGAUUCAGAUGUAA